CGAUCGCCGAUCGUGAAAACUUUUCCUGAAGAUUUCUGCAGAGUUGAAAGCGGCAAACUUCGGCUUCUUGAUGGGCGCCCUUUCGUCAACAAGAAAAGUUCAAGUGCAUUCGAAGUUGUUUGCUCGUCUUUUGGGCUUGUAUCGGCUAUUCUGAGGAAGAAAACAAGUUCUGAAGAACGAGGAUCCGCCGCGAUUUAUAAAGUGAAAGAAUUUCUGAAUGGCUUGGAUUUUAGUUCCCUUAAAGGAGACGGCGACGACGUGGACGUGAAUUGCGAGCGACCACGUGCAGCUCGGCGCCUUUCAAUGCCUCCUCAAUUCAACACUCCUAAGACGAAAGAAACGCCUGUCCCGGUUCAUUUGACUCCUCCAAGCAGUGGCAGUCUUAGUUCCCCAAAUCUUAAGGAGAUUUGUGAAAGAAAUGAUUUGGAGACCCCAGAAAAGACUUUCCUUAUUAAAAAGAGGGGGAGCCGCGUUCUCCAAGAUGUACAAGGCAUCUGUGAAAGGAGCCGGGAAAAUUUGUCAACGGUGCUUUCCAGCAUGUGUGCUUUUGGUGAUCCUGAGGCGAAAGCUAUCGUAAAUGAGAUUGUGGAGGAUGUGGCCACGAAGAAAGGAGUUAAAAGGACGGUGGAAGAGCUUGUUGGUGAUGAAACGUUUUCUUUAUACGUGGAAAGCCUGCGAGUUCCAGAUUGGGUGUUACUAUAUUUCAAGACCAAGGCAAGGAUAUCUGGUAAUACUUGGCAAGCCGUAAUCAAUAUCACCAAACUUGGAAGGACAGGGAAAUCCUCUGACACACCAAUACUGUUAAAUCUUAAUCAAAUGAAGGCUGCCAAAAAAGUGAUCUUUGGAGUUUGUAAAGAAUACAUGGAUGUGAAAAAGGUGCCAACUCCUUUACAAGGUUAUCAGGUGGAUUUGUAUCCUGUUUUGGAGCUGAUUGUUCGUGAGCAAAGACUGCAUAAGGUGUGCUCACCAACUCUCAAACUUCUGAUCAAGAUAGAUGGAAGACCCUUUUGUGGUAAAUACAGACUGUCAGGGAGAAAUCAGGUGUUGGUAGGUCUGGUUGCCCGUCUUAAUCCUGUAUACAGCAUACAGAGUGCAAAGUCUGUUUACCCACUGGCCAUUGCCAAUUGUAAAGAAAACAGGGAAAGCCUGAAGGUACUUUUAAAGGAUGUAAAUGAUCAAAAGAGAAUUAUCAAGAACCAAGGAAUUUUUGUUGAUGGCAUUAAGUUCAAUGUAGAAUUUGAUGUUUCAUUGGACUACAAAGCACUGAUCCUUCUUUUGGUAAAGAAAGGGGAUCUUGAUUUUCAACUUGGUGGUCGUGGGGUAAAUGUGGAAUUUUGCUUUAUAUGCAAUGCAAUCAGGGGUUGCAAAUGUCAUGAUGUAGCCCCAGAUGAAACCUGCCUGGAAUGCCUACGAAGCAAGUGUAACAUAGGCAGAUCAACUGGAAUUCGGGAUGAUCUCCUUUUUCUCCUUGAUGAAGAGCUUACUAGCAUUCAGUUGUGUGCUCUCCAUAUGGAGAUGCGCAAUACUGAGCAGUUGCUUGCGUCCAUUGGUCUGAUUGCCUACAAGAUUGGUUCACUUCCAGAAGCCAAUCAAGCCCUGAAGUGCUUUGGCCCAGAGUCUUUUCAUGGUGAUAGAAUUUCUGUUAAGAAGAAGAGUGGUCAGGAGUCUGCCAUUUCAAAACAGAACAUUCAUGUGAGCUCUAUGUCAGGUCCAACAGAAUUUGAAAUUCUUCAAAACCUUGAAGAGAUUGUGGGACUCUCCCUUCCACUGGACAAGUUAAAGCUCUCCUACAUGGAUGUAAACACUGCCAAGAAUUUCAUUCUUAACCGUGUUACAUUUUGUCAGUCCCGUAUUGAUGUAAGUCUUUGAUAGCAGAUGUGGCAUUGGCAAGUACCUUCACUUGUGGUUCAACAGUUCAAGUUUAUUGUUCUUUAAGUUUAGAGGUGUGGUUUAUGUUGUGCAGCGCCCAGAUGUUUCGUCGGAGAGCGCUAUCAAAAUG